AUGGCCGGAGAAGAAGAUCCUGAAGCAACUCCGUCGUCGCCGGAAUAUAAACCUUUACUUGCAUCAAGUCACGAUCCAAACGACGACGUUCUAAUCUCAAAUUAUUCCAAGAACGCCCGACGCCGUUUCAUCGUCUCUAUAUUUCUCAUAUCUUUUGCCUCGAUCCUCAUCUACAUCUUCUGGCCGUCGGAUCCACGCAUCAAGAUCGUACGGGUCAAGAUUUCCCACGUGCACGUUCACCGCCGUCCGGUGCCGUCAAUAGACAUGACGAUGCUCGUGACGCUCAAAGUAUCCAAUGCUGACGUGUACUCUUUUGACUUCACGGCGCUUGACGUGGCGAUUGAUUACAGAGGGAAGACGUUAGGUCACGUGAAUUCAGAUGGUGGGCACGUGAGGGCCAUGGGUUCGUCUUACCUGGAAGCGGAGACGGAGCUGGACGGCGUCACGGUGUUCUCUGACGUCAUUCACCUGAUUAACGAUUUGGCUAAGGGGUCCGUCGAAUUUGACACCGUUACGGAGACCAACGGAAAACUUGGCGUUUUGUUCUUCCGUUUUGCUUUGAAGGUAAGGCAAAAGUAG